AUGGUCUCUUCUCCGGAUUGGGUGAAGAAGCUGGCGCCCACUGGGCCUCAGGGAUCAGAGCUUCUUCAGCAUGAGCGGGAGCAGUCCAAUGUUUCCGUUGAGAAGCUUGCGGACUUGCUUCAUACCAGAGAAGUGCUGGAGAGACAGGAUCGUAUCCUCUCCAUCAUUCAGCCAGAGGAAGUCUUUGAUAAGUCUCAGAACCACUCGCUCGGCCGUGUUGAGCGAGUGAAGAGAUCUCUUGCCAAAGCCAAGCGCCUCGAGCAGCUGAAAAUUCAACAUAAGUGGUCCGAAGAUGACUUCCUCAUGGCCAACAGCUUGAUCAGUGAACCCACUCCAUACGGCCUCCAUUCCACCAUGUUCUUGGUCACUCUCAGAAAUCAGGGAACCCCGGAGCAACAUAAGCUCUUUUUGGAGCCGGCUGAGAGAUAUGAAAUCAUUGGAUGCUAUGCUCAGACUGAGUUGGGCCACGGAUCAAAUGUUCGCGGUCUUGAGACAACUGCCACAUGGAACCCGGAAGACAAGACCUUCACGAUACAUUCACCUUCUUUGACUGCUUCGAAAUGGUGGAUUGGAUCUCUCGGAAGAACCGCCAACCACGCCGUUGUCAUGGCCCAGCUUUAUAUCAGCGGAAAGAACUACGGUCCACACCCGUUCUUGGUCCAAAUUCGAGAUCUCAAGACCCAUAAGCCUCUCGAGAACGUCCAUGUUGGUGACAUCGGCCCUAAGUUUGGUUACAACACUAUGGACAAUGGUUUCCUGCUCUUCAACAAGCUAAAGAUCCCCCAUAUCAACAUGUUGGCUCGUUUCUCUGGUAUCGAUCCCAACACCAACAAAUAUGUUCGACCUGCCUCGCCAUCUUUGAUUUACGGCACUCUCACCUGGGUUCGAUCUACUAUCGUCCUCCAGUCCGGCGGUGUCCUCGCCCGCGGUGUCACCAUUGCCACCAGAUACUGUGCUGUGCGAAGGCAGUUCCAGGACCGUGACGCCCCAGCUAACGAACCCGGCGAGAACCAAGUCCUCAACUACAAGAUGGUUCAGAUUCGAUUGCUACCUUUGCUUGCCGCUACCUUUGCUUUGCAUUUCACUGGUCGCGGUAUGAUGGCGCUUUAUGACCAUAACCAGGCCAUAAUGAAGAAGUCGGCUAGCAAGCAGGCAAGCAGCAGGGGUGCUGGGCCCGAGGAACUGAACCCUGGCGCAGAUCUCUUGGCAGACCUUCAUGCUACAUCUUGUGGACUUAAGGCAUUGGGAAGUACCAUUGCUGCUGAGGGCCUGGAAGUAUGCCGUCGUGCCUGCGGUGGCCACGGUUAUAGCAGCUACAGUGGAAUCGGAUCCUGGUAUUCCGACUACCUACCAACCACCACCUGGGAGGGUGACAACUACAUGUUGACCCAGCAGGUUGCCCGAUACCUCCUCAAAUCUGCCCGGUCCGUCUUUGCUGGCAAGCCUGCUAACAAUGACACCUGCACCAUCCUUCAAAACUACCUUUCCCGUCGUGAUACCGGUGCCGCAUUCGAUAUCCUCGAAAAUGACUCUGAUAUUGUAGCUGCAUUCGCCUGGAGGACAGCAUACUUGACUUUCGAGGCCCUGAAGCACCGUGACGUCGAGAAGCGAUCCUGGAACAGCCUCCUCGUUGACUUCUGGAGACUCUCUACUGCCCACUCGCAAUACCUUGUCGUCAAGAACUUUUAUGAAGCCGUAUUCCCAUCCGGCUCCACUUCUGAGGCCGCCGCUUCUCUAGGUAUCGAUGAACCAACUCUCGAUGUCCUACGAAAGCUCUUCCGUCUCCACUCCCUACACACCCUCGAGCGCGAGUCAGCUGAUUUCUUCACAUCAGGAGCUGUCACCACCAGACAGAUCAUCCUUACUCGAACCAAGGCCGUUAUGAAGUUGCUCGACGACAUCCGUCCCCAUGCCAUCCGAUUGGUCGAUGCAUGGAAGUUCCCUGACUGGCAACUCGACAGCUCCUUGGGUAGAUUCGAUGGAAAAGUCUACGAAGACCUGUUCCACCGUGCAAGUGAGCAGAAUCCUCUCAAUGACUUGACCUUUGACCCUUACCCAUGGAACAAUACUCUGGUGAAGAGCGAUAAAAGCAAGCUUUGA